UGUGCAGCAGAGCAGGAAGCACAGCUGAUGGCAGACUGUGAGCUGGAGGGAGAGGGAAGUUUUCUCUCUUUCUGAAUGUUCUCUGUCAUCACACUCUAACAACUGUCAGUGUGCAGAAGCAGCUUUAUGUUUUCCUUAAUCUCGAUAGCAGUCUGAACACAGACCAGACAUGGCCUGCAGUGCUUCUGGUUGCACAUUGUCUUGUGCCCAAGUACUGCGCUUCAUUCAGACACUGACCCGUAAGAAGCCUUUGGAGCCAGAGGGUGAAGAGUCUAACUUCUGCCGAUGCCUGACCACCUCGGACCUGGUGGGUCUGGGUGUUGGCAGCACACUUGGAGCAGGUGUGUACGUGUUGUCAGGAGAGGUGGCCAGGGAAGUGUCCGGUCCCAGCAUCAUCAUUUCCUUCCUGGUCGCAGCUGUGGCUUCAGUUUUUGCAGGCUUGUGUUAUGCUGAGUUCGGAGCCAGGGUCCCCAAAACAGGCUCGGCCUACCUUUAUAGCUACGUGACUGUGGGAGAGGUGUGGGCGUUUGUGACCGGCUGGAACCUGCUGCUUACUUACGUCAUUGGAACUUCUAGUGUAGCUAAAGCCUGGACUGGAACCUUUGAUGACCUGGUUGACAACGUCAUUGCUGAAACUCUGACUAAACAUACGCCCAUGAAAUCACCUGGGUUGGCUACUUACCCAGACUUCUUUGCUGCUGGGUUGAUUAUGCUGCUUGCUGGGAUUCUUGCGUAUGGUGUCAAGGAGUCUGCAGUCAUGAAUACAGUUUUUACUGCAGUGAAUGUAGCUGUAUUAAUAUUCAUCAUCAUUGCAGGAUUCAUAAAAGGAGACAUCAGCAACUGGCAGAUCAGUCAGGAGACAAUCCUGAACGCAACUGGACAAAUGGAGAACCUAACAUUGACAAGUAAUAACACAGCUGACUUUGGUGUUGGUGGCUUCUUUCCAUUUGGAUUGGACGGAACAUUAGCCGGAGCAGCCACCUGUUUCUAUGCUUUUGUUGGAUUUGACUGCAUCGCCACUACAGGGGAGGAGGUCCACAACCCACAGAAAGCCAUACCUCUUGGGAUUGUGGCGUCUCUGCUCAUCUGCUUCCUGGCUUACUUUGGUGUAUCAGCUUCUCUAACGCUCAUGAUGCCUUACUAUCUGCUGGACACACACAGCCCAGUACCAGUGGCCUUUGAAUAUGUUGGCUGGGAGUCUGCAAAGUAUCUUGUAGCUGUGGGAUCCCUCUGUGCACUCUCAUCAAGUCUUUUGGGCAUGAUGUUUCCAAUGCCAAGAGUACUCUUCGCCAUGGCGAGAGAUGGCCUGUUCUUUAAGCUUCUACGUUACAUGAGCUCCAGGCAGAGUCCAGUCUUUGCCACGCUGGCUUCAGGAGCUGUAGCUGCUUUCAUGGUGCUGUUGUUUGACCUGAAGGCUCUAGUCAACAUGAGUUCAAUUGGCACCAUCUUUGCCUACUCUCUUGUUGCAGUGUGUGUUCUCAUACUAAGGUACAAAGAAGACUCCAGUUUUGUCCACAGAUCAGAACCGUUUUCUAUGAUAGGCCUGUUUAGGCCUCCGCCUCGACCCACGCAUCGCACCUCUAAAAAUGUCAACAUAGUGACAGUCAUCAUUUUGUUUUUGGUGGUCGUUUUAAGCGUGUUGCUCUCUGAGGCCGUGCAUUCUCUCCGUAGACGAGAGGCGUGGAGCGUUCUGCUGGUCACCGUCCUCGCUCUGUCACUGGUCCUGGCUGUUGUGAUCAUCUGGAGGCAGCCACAGAGCUCGACUAUAGCUGCUUUCAUGGUUCCCUGUCUUCCUGUUAUUCCAGUUGUAAGUGUUCUUAUUAAUACCUACCUGAUGGUUCAGCUGGGAGGAGAGACCUGGAUCUGCUACGCUUUCUGGAUGGCAGUAGGACUGAUCAUCUACUUCAGCUAUGGGGUUCAUCAUAGUGUCCAAAAACAAAGGCUCCAAGAGGCUCCCACCCAUCUGAAUAUUGUUGAUGUGAAUCUGAGUGUUGCUGCUUGAUGUUUCCACUUGUGUGGCUUAAUGCCAUCCACUAACAUGGGUCGAGCAGGACAGAGAAAAAGGUUGUAUUUAAGAACUAGGUUCCCUGAAUUUCUUUAGGAUUUGAUUCAGGAUGCUAAAUUUUAACACAAAACUGCUUUGCUGAAAGCAUUGUUACGGUAUGAAAUGAUGUGUUUCAAAUAUCUGUAUGCUAGGCUUUGCUGUAUUACAAACAUCCUGUUUGUCUUUUUAUCAUUUUUAUGCAUUUGAUCAGUCAUUCAGGACUAUGUAAUCUUGGAUGUGAUUGUUUAAUGUCAGUAUUUGACAGUUAAAAGUUUUUAAAUGCCGAUCUAUUUCAAGUGUUUAUGUGAGUCAGUAAAAAUAAAUAUUGGUAAUUUUGUUAAAAGUGAUGUUUUUUUCCCAUUAGUCUAAACAUCUCAAACUGUUAGAACAAAACAUUAAUCUGAUUAAUCUGCUCUCAGUAUCCCACAAAAAAGUCAAACCAGAUUUAGACAUUUUUGAAAAUUUAUUAGAAAUAAAAAACUGAAAUAUCACAUAGAAAUAAGUAUUCAGACCCUUUAAAAAACAUUAAAUUUGGCUCAGGUUCCUCCCAUUUCUCACACACCUUGAUUGAAGUCCACCUGUGUUAAAUUGAAUUGAUUGGAUGUGAUUUAGAAAGGCACACACCGCUCUAUAGAAGGCCUCAAAGCUGACAAUGGAUAUCGGAGCAAAAAACAAGCCAUGAGGUCAAAGGAACUGCCUGCAGAGCUCAGAGACAGGAUUGUUGAAAGGCACAGAUCUAC